AGAAUACACGUUUGUUUCCAAUUCAGUGGUAGUCUGUCUGUGGUGAGCGACGCACAGUGCUGUGAAAUCAGUAUAUUUUUUUUAAAUAUCGACAUUAUACAAUAAAAUAACUUUAAAAUAUGGCCGAUGUCCAUCCAUCUAUCAAAUGCUUGAUCAAAAUGCCGGACGGCGUUUACGAGGGCAACACAAUAAUUAUAAAAGGCAGCAUACCUUCAAACGCUAUAAGAUUCUCAAUAAAUCUUCAAUGCGGUCCCAGCAUCAGCAUGACGGAUAGAGAAGACAUUGCCUUCCACUUGAACCCGAGGUUCAACAACAAUACGGUGGCCCUUAAUCACUUCGUAGACAACGAGUGGGGUCUCGAGGAAUCCUUCGGAGGCAUGCCAUUUUCUGAGGGUACCUUCGAGUUGGAAAUCGUGUGUGACGAAUCGGCUUUUAAGUCUGUGAAAUGCAUGCUCAAAAUGCCGGAUGGCGUUUACAAGGGCAACACAAUAAUUAUAAAAGGCAGCAUACCUUCAUACGCUACAAGAUUCGGAGUAAAUCUUCAAUGCGGUUCCGGAAUCAGCAUCAGCGACACGAAUAGAGAUGACAUUGCCUUCCAUUUCAACCCGAGGUUCUACAACAAUACGGUGGUCCUUAAUUACUUGUUAAACAACCAGUGGGGUCUCCCGAAGGAUUUCUGGAGCAUGCCAUUUUCAAAGGGUACCUUCGAGUUGGCAAUCGAGUGUGACGAAUCGGCUUUUAAGGUGAACGUACAAGGUAAACGCUUCUGCGAGUUCGCUCACCGCGUUCCGUACACCCGGAUAAAGGCUCUCACAGUGGACGGUGAUGUCAACAUCACGACAUAUGAACUUCUACCUAAAAAGGAGGAAGUUGAUAUGUCAAAAACUUCUCACGUCCAAGAUCCUGAGGAAUCUAUUCCGAUCACUGUCAAAAAUAAUGUUUGAGCGACCGCAAUAAAGCAUUCUUAUCUACA